AUGGCUGAACUACCCCCCUUCGAACACACACCCAUCGACGACAUUGCCCCCACAUGCGCAAAGGUGCGGGCCAGCUUCCUCUCCCACAAGACCAGGCCCCUCGAGUUCCGCAUUCAGCAGCUGCGCAAGCUCUACUGGGGCUUCAAGGACAAUGCCGAACUCAUCAAAGAAGCCUGCAAGCGCGAUCUCGGCAAGCCCGAGUUUGAGACAUAUCUAACUGAGAUCUCAUGGUGCAUGAACGACUGCAUCUGGAUGGCUGAUAGGGUCCGCCAGUUCGCGAAGGACGAGCCCGCGCCCGACAUUUCUUGGACCAACAAGCCACUCCGCCCGCGCAUAAAGAAGGACCCCCUGGGCGCUGCUCUGAUCAUUGGAGCGUACAACUUCCCUAUCCAACUUACCCUAGGCCCCCUCAUUGGUGCCAUUGCAGCCGGAUGUACCGCCGUCGUCAAGCCCUCGGAAUCGUCACCUAACGCCGCUGUUGUCAUUCAAAAGAUUCUGCGCGAAUCACUUGAUCCCGAGUGCUACACGUGUAUUCAGGGCGCUGUCCCCGAAACCACUGCCCUCCUCGAUCAAAAGUGGGACAAGAUCUUCUACACGGGUGGCGAGGUUGUCGCCAAGAUCAUCGCAAAGAAGGCGGCUGAGACGCUUACACCGCUGACGCUCGAGUUGGGCGGCAGAAACCCUGCCAUUGUCACAAAGCACGCGGAUCCCAAGCUAGCAGCGAGGCGACUGUUGUGGGCCAAGACGUUGAACGCUGGUCAAGUCUGUCUCAGCCACAAUUGCACUUUUGUUGAUCGCGAAAUCCUGCCCGCCUUUAUUGAGGAGAUGAGGAAGCAACUACAAGAUUUCUACCCACAAGGCCCCCGCAAGUCCCCCGAUUACGGACGCAUCGUCAAUCUGCGUCAAUUCCAACGUAUCAAGAAGAUGGUUGACGACAGCAACGGCAAGAUUGUCCUUGGUGGUACCAUGGACGAGUCUGACCUCUUCAUCGAGCCCACUGUUGUUCAAAUCAACGACGUGAACGAUAGCAUGGUCACUUCGGAAUCGUUUGGCCCACUCCUGCCCAUACUCCCUGUUGACAACCUCGAUGAAGCCAUCAGGAUCGCAAACGAACUCCACGACACACCCCUUGGCACUUAUGCCUUUGGCACAAAGGCCGAGAUGGAGAAGAUCAUCAGCCAAACGCGGAGCGGCGGUGCUUCUCUGAACGACGGCUUCUUCCACGGCUCCAUCCCUACCCUGCCAUUCGGUGGUGUUGGAACAAGUGGCACAGGCGCAUACAGGGGCAAAGCUAGUUUCGAUACCUUUACUCACCGCAGGAGUGUGACUACAACACCUGCAUGGAUUGAGGGCCUCAUGGCUGUCAGAUACCCACCUUACACGCCCCAAAAACAGAAGCAAUUACAGGGCAUGAACGACAUAAAGCCAAACUUUGAUCGCGAGGGAAACCCUCUUGGAUGGGGCACUUGGUUCUUGAGCUUGCUGGGUGUGAAGAGCCUGGCUGCCGUUGUUGCGGCCGUUGCUCUCAGGCUAUAUAUGCAGCGAAGGUCCAAGCUGUAA